AUGAAGAAGCUGGCGAUGCGUCAAGCCUAUGGCGCAGAGGUUCUCUUCAAAGCAGAGAAUUUUCCAAUCACCGGUUCUUUCAAAUUGAGAGGCGCAUUAUCCAAGCUAACUACUCAACUGGCAGAAGAGCGACUGAUCACAGCAUCAUCGGGCGAUCAUGGCAUUGAGGCCGCCUUCGCGUCGCGUGCACUUUCCAAGAGUCUCAUAGUCGUACUGCCAGCUAAAUUAGAAAGAAUCAAGUCUUAUGGCGUGGACGUAAUCCUGCAUGGCACAGAGACAGGCCUGGCCGAACAACAUGCGCAACAGCUUGUGGCUUCGCGGGAUUAUUCCUAUAUUUCGCCCUACAACGAUAUCGACAUAAUCGCUGGGCAAGGGACAAUCGGGCUUGAAAUAAUCGAGCAGUGCAACAAAGUGGAUAACGUCUUCAUUUCCAUGGGGGGUGGUGGGCUCAUCAGCGGCGUUGGAUCCGUCUUCAAGGCCUUUAGUCCGCGGACGAAGGUCUACGGUAUUGCUGCUGUCAACUCGAAAGCCCUGGCUGCCUCCGUUGCUGCCGGUCGUGCUGUUGAGACAGAGCAUUUACCCACUCUGGCCGAGGCGGUGGCUGGCGGUAUCGACGGGGAUACGAUCACCCUUCCUCUGGCCACCUCGAUGAUAGGUCAUAUCAUCGAAUGUGAGGAGGAAGACGUUUUAGAAACAUUAGAGGCUCUCUCUUUUGAUGAGAACAUGAUUGUUAAGGAUUCCGCUGCUCUUGCUCUUGCUGGGUUUAACAAAGUUGCUCAGGCUCGGGACCUGACUGGCCAAACCAAUGUCGUUCUUUUGUGUGGUGCUAACGUAGGACCAGAUAUCAUAAGGAAAGCAAUUUACAGCUCUAAAGAAAGUUGA